CGCUUAGUAUGGCUCUACGUAGGACUGAACUUCCUGGACAUGGUCGUGCCAGUGAAACAGCCCCAUGUUAUCGUCCUGACCUUCUGACACCCCCGCAUGCUGUUGGGUAACAAGGUCACGGUAUGGAAACUGACGAGCAAACACCGACCAGCCCCAAGCGAGACUUCGAGACAUCUGAUCUCUACCGAGGCGUCUACGACUACGUCAAGCAGUACAUGUCCCGCUAUGACAUGUCUCACGACUUCUGUCAUGUCCAGCGCGUCGUAGCACUGGCAAAGCACAUCUUGGCCAAGGAGCAGAACGCGCAACCAUGGAUGAAGUAUCACAAGCAGGCGGUCAUCUUGGCCGCCCUCCUCCAUGACGUUGGCGACAAGAAGUACGCUCAACCUGGCGAGAACGCGGAGCACCUUAUCGAAAACUUACUGGCCAAUCAUGGUUGUCCGCCACGCUUCGUAAGUAAGGUGGCGCUAAUUGUCGAGCAUGUCUCCUACUCGAGUGAAAUGAAGCGGCCUCAGCUGGUGAAGGCCCUCAUAAGUGCUCAUCCAGAGCUGGCUAUUGUGCAGGAUGCUGACCGGCUUGACGCCAUCGGCGCGAUUGGCAUUGGCAGGACGUUCGCUUACGGGGCGGCGAAAGCUGCGGAAAGGGGCAUGCAGGGUAGCAUUGACCACUUCACCGAGAAGCUGGAGAAGCUUGAGGGUAUGAUGAAGACUGAUGCGGGCAAGCAAAUGGCCGCAGAACGAACGCGGCGUCUAGAGCAGUUCAGGCAGUGGUGGGAUGAAGAGCAGAGCGUAGUCUUGUGACUGACUGGGCUUGUGCCCCCUGCUUUAAACGCGCGCCAUUUCCUCAACGCCCGGCAUGCUCCCUAUCAACACGCUGACCAUCGACUGAGCUUGCCGCAGACGAUCUGACUGUCGGACUCAGAUCGAACCAAAACCAACAGUCUGUGUAAGCCUGUCCUCUGGCUAACGACCCGCAAAGGAAGUUGAUCUUAGGUUUAUCGAGACCGAAGCCAGAGGGGUCUCCUGUUGCCGAAGAAACAGAUUGCUUUGAUGUUAGUCACUCCGGUAUGGUCUCGACAUCUGCUCACCUGCUGUCUGAAAACCUGCGGAUGGUCAGAUGAACGUUUUCAGAGAUACGUGCUGCGAUGCCAGCGAAACCCGAGCUUGGUUAAGUAGAUACCAUCUCAGAGGCAGAUGCAGUCUUCACUUGAUCUGGCACGUUACGA